ACCCCACCGCCUCUCUUCACAAACCUACUUGCUCCCAAUCCCAUCUCUCUCCAUUAUUUUAUUCCUACCAAAUUGCAUGCAGCCAAUAAUCCUCCCCAUCCCCUAAUCCCUUUCACCAUAUAAAAUUCCCAAUUCCCCCAAUUUUAUAAAAUAAAAAUCAUGAAGCGAGAAUUGGCCGAAGAAGAUAAACAACAACAACACCAACAAAAUCAAGAUCACCAUCCAAUGUUCUCCAAGUUCCACCACCUCUCCUCCACCACCCCCGGUGGCGGCGGCGGCGACUACCAAGAAGCGGACAGCCACACCCCAACCAAUGCCGCCGCCGACGGCGCCACCAUCGAGGUCGUGCGGCGCCCCCGCGGCCGCCCCCCGGGGUCCAAGAACAAGCCGAAGCCCCCCGUGAUCAUCACGCGCGACGCCGCCGAGCCCGCCAUGAGCCCCUACGUCCUGGAGCUCCCCGGCGGCGUGGACAUCGUGGACUCCACCGCCCGCUUCUGCCGGAAAAGGAACAUCGGGCUCUGCCUCCUCAGCGGCAGCGGCGCCGUCUCCAACGUGACCCUCAAGCAGCCCUCCUCCACCCCCGCCGCCACCGUCACCUUCCACGGCCGCUUCGACAUCCUCUCCAUCUCCGCCACCCUCCUCCCGCCCUCCGCCAACUCCCCCUCCCCCUCCUCCCCCUUCUCCCUCUCCCUCGCCGGGCCGCAGGGGCAGGUCGUCGGAGGCCACGUGGUGGGGCCCCUCAUCUCCGCCGGCACGAUCUACCUCGUCGCCGCCAACUUCACCAAUCCGUCGUUCCACCGCCUCCAGGCGGCGGAGCACGAGGAGGACGACAACUCCGGCGGCCACGAUUCGCCGAAGACGAUCUCCGGCGGCGGGAGCGCGCCGCCGCCGCCGACGUACAGCUAUCAGGCGAACGACGUCGUGUGGGCUCCAGCGAACAGACAUCAGCCGCCGCCUUACUGAUUGCUUUUAAUUGGAUUAAUAUUUGCUAUAUUAGUUGGUUUUGUUUAAUUAGUUUGGUUUGUGGGGAAUUUUUAAUUGCUUGUGAUUUUUCGUUGAUUAAUUAGCAUUUUUCAGAAA